AUGAAAAUCACUUCAGCUCCGCCGGUAAAAGCGACAAAUAGUCUGUGUGGUGGAUCUAGCCGUCUUCGAUACGCAUUCCAGGAUGGUGGAAAUACGGCAAAGCUUUUCAAUAUUGAUUCCACGAGUGGCACGAUCUGUUUGGAAAAGCACCUCGAUUACGAGAAAGAGAUCAGUCAUCAGCUCACCGUUGCAGCGAUUGACCAAAUAGAUGGCUCAACUGGGACGUGCCUUGUCAGCAUACGAGUUCUGGACGCGAACGAUAACUCCCCUGUUUUCUAUCCAACUCAGUACAACAUCACUGUAAGAGAAGGCUACAAGCCAAGCGGACCUCUGGUAGUGCUUUCGGCAACGGACGAUGAUGAAGGAAUUUUUGGCGAGGUUCACUUCCAUCUCAAAUCGGGGAACUCUGCAUUGUUCGAAGUGAAUGAGAAGUCUGGAGAAAUUUUCCUAAAGAAGGGAUUGUCACGUGGAAAACACGAGCUCACCGUUCAGGCUAAAGACGGUAGUGGAUCUGUCAGCGAAGAGCCGGCUAAUGUCCACGUGUAUGUGAUAGAUUCGGAUGCCAGUGCACCUUCUUUCACUCAGCCGAGUUAUGUCAUCAAAACUCCCGAAGACAUCCUACCGGGCAUAUCCAUUGGAGCGGUUCAAGCAACUGGACCUGGGCAGAUUCGAUAUAGCAUCUACUCCGGAGAUCCUGACCAUCAGUUCAUGAUCAAUCCAGACUCUGGCAGAAUCACCGUAGCUCGCUAUCUCGACGCUGAUAAGCAUGACAGAGUCAUUCUGAACGUACAGGCGGCCCUUAUGAAUGGAGGAUCGAAUCAGACACAAGUGGUCAUACUCAUUGAGGAUCAUAACGAUAACACUCCUCGAUUCCCAAUCGAUUUGGUCGAGAUUACUGUAGGCGAGAGUCAAGCGGUUCAUGAACCAUUCUAUGUCGUUCAUGCUACGGAUAAGGAUAAACGAAAGAACGGUGCCAUUUCUUACUCCAUCCUCUCCUCGCAUCCGCCUUGCCCUGUAAUGGUUCAACCGCACACAGGACAACUUCAGCUAACUGAUCCUCUUGAUUUCGAGAAUAUCAAGGACUACCGUAUCCGCGUAAAAGCCCAGGAUCACGGUAUUCCACCACGUUCGACAAACAUGACACUUGUGCUGCAUGUCUCUGACUCCAACGAUAAUCGUCCAAUUUUUGAAACCACGAGUUACGAAGCUGAGGUACCAGAGAACUCACCGCUCAUGACUACAGUACUAAAAGUGAGGGCCAGAGACGCUGACUCUAGAGAGAACGGGAAGGUCCUGUAUAGAAUAAGCAAUGGCUCGAAUGCUUUUGGUAUUGAUGAGAGGACAGGAAUGAUCUACGUGAACGAGAACAUCGAUCGAGAAACAAAAGACAUUUAUCACAUUACCGUAACCGCUCAAGAUCAGGGAGAGCCACCGCUCUCCUCCUCGGUUCCUGUCCGAAUCCGAAUCGCUGACGUCAACGAUAAUGCUCCAUCCUGUACAUCUGUGGCAACAAUGGUGGUACCGCGUGAUUCCAGCCCGUCUACCACUGUAGGUACGGUGGUGGUCACAGAUCCCGACAAUGGAGCAAAUGGGACCGUUGUUUACCGUAGUCAACAGUCACAUCCGCUUUUUGUCGUGAAGAAUAAUGGAGAUGUUCAUCUACGACGUGCACUAGCUGAAGCUGAUCCCACCGACGUUCGUUUGUCCAUCAUUGCUUCGGACCAAGGUGUUCCUCGAAAAUCAACAGUCUGCCAUGUGCAAAUAAGAAUCGGGCGUGGCACUGCGGCUGUAAAAAUUAUUGAGCCAUUUGAGAGGAACAUUCGAGCGCCGAACUCUUGUCAAUCAUCGUGUCUCAUCCGUCAACUUAAUGCUACUGGAGUGGCGAAAUGGCAGAUUCAGAGCAACGAAAUCUCGAACCACUUUUCCAUAAUCGAUGGUAAAUUAAUCAUGUCAUCACAUCCACAAUCACCACCACCAUGGUCACUAUCGCUGAUCCUUUCGGACAGGGAAGGGCGCCAGAAGCAUCUGUCGUUGAGGAUUCUCGAGCCUAAUUCACCGGUAUCAUCUGAGCCUGUGAAAAUUUCUCCAUUACUUCCGAUCGGUUCAAAAAUUGCCAAUUUUGGGCCGAAACUAAAGGAGAAAAACAAAAAUUUGUACUACUCACUGAAAAAUCAAUCCUCGCUCUUCGAACUGGACCAAGCGAACGGAGAUCUUUACCUUAUGCGAAAGAUUCGCGACUUGGCAGGGAGCGAAAUUUCUCUUUACUACAAUCUGAUUGAUGGUCUAACCUCCGAAUCUGAGGAAAAACAUAUUGAGUUCGAGGUUGGAAGCGGUUUCGUUGAUUCACCAUAUUUCACGGAAGAUUUUCUGCGAAUUCCUGUAGCAGAAGACACUGCUAUUGGUACCAUUAUUGCCAGCGUGAAUGCCACUAGUCCUGAUGUGUCUUCUUCGAUUGUUUAUCGAUUCGCAGAGCCUAAUAACCGAUUUUCAAUUGAUCAAUAUGCUGGAGAGAUCAGUGUUAUUGAAGAUCUUGAUUGGAAUGAGUCACCCCAUCAUCUCGUGGUUGUUGCUACGGGAGGUGGAGCCAAGGCAAGUAUGCUGAUUGUGGUCGAUGUACUGGACGUGAACAACAACCAUCCAGAAAUCAUAAGUGCCAACGAGGUUGUGACAUUUGCUGAAAUUGGAACGGUUAUCCACUACGUUGUUGCGACCGAUGACGAUUACGGUAGAAAUGCUACCGUAUCGUAUGACAUCAUUACUGACACUACGAACUGUUUUGGAAUAGACCACAAGACAGGUGCACUCUCCAUGUUACGUCGCCCGCCAACCGUGGAUACAACUAUUGUGGUCCGUGCGUCCGAUCACGGAUCACCAGCACUAUUUGCUGAUCAGUCGCUUACGAUACGUGUGAGGAACGGGAGUAAAAAAUGGAGUUAUUUCGAUGAUAGCGAGUUAAGAGUGACGAUUUCGGAUGCGGUACCCAUUGGUUCUAUUGUGACCACCCUACCUGUGGAUGGAAAGGCUGCCAUUCGUCUUUUCCCCACGAGUUCGACCUUUAAAAUCGACGAAUACGGCAAGCUCACAUUGCUUGCGGCCGUAAAUCCGGGAACAUAUCAGCUUUCAGUUCUGGCAAAAUCGCCGCAAGGUGAAAUUGACUCGCUGUCCGUAGUGGUCGGAGUAACUGCAUCAGUGAAACUUGGACCUCGACUAAGCUCCGCCUCUUGCGGAUCAAUCAGUCUGCCAGAAAAUCGAUCGCUGAAGAAUUUCAAGCAAAUUGUGGCCCUAAAUGCGACAAAUGAAGCAAAAUUUAGUAUCCGAGGGUCAACUAAAUACUUCGAGAUUGACUCAUCUACUGGGAGGUUAUCCUGUCCUGCUUUGGACCGCGAAGAACAGUCCGAGCACCUAUUGGUGGUCAGUAUCCAGGAUGGAGAUAGGAAGGAUUCAUGCACAGUAAGGAUUACUGUAGCCGAUGAAAAUGACAGUGCGCCACAGUUCGCUGCAUCUACACCACAAGUGAUUUUCAUCAACGAUACUGUAUCGUUACAGGAUGUUGUGCACAAAUUCUCCGCGUUCGAUCACGAUAUAGGCGUCAAUGGACGUAUUCUGUUCGAUCUAGUGGAGGAUGCGAGUUUUGCUUUUGAUCUGGUACCGGAAACUGGAGAUCUUGUCCUAGCUAGAGAACCUGAAGGAGUUGGAAAUGAUUGGAUGAUCCGCGUGAAAGUACGCGACAAAGGCGUCCCAUCACUAUCCGUAGACCGUUUCGUGAGGAUUCAAAGCACUCGCUCGCCUCCGACGAGUCGCGACACCCAGCCGAGUUUCUUGCGGCAGAAAUACGUUUCUUCGAUUGAUGAGGGUUUGAGUCGAGGACAAAUUGUUUCUAAGGUUUGCGAUUACAGACAGACUCAGCCGAAGAAUAUUGAUGGCGACGGUGUCGUUCGAACAUCACAAGAACUGGAUUAUGAGAUCAAGGAUCAAUAUGAUCUGAAAAUCAUCGCCACCGGAGCCUUCUCUGCACAAAUCAGGACGCAAAUGACUGUGGAAGUGAACAACGUCAAUGACAACCCACCUGUUUUCCCGAAGCAAAGCCAGAAGAAAGUUCUUGAAACACUCCCAGAAGGAUCUUACAUCACCACUAUGUCUGCCAACGAUGCUGAUAAUCUAGGAGCCCUAGAAUACAGUCUUGAUCCAAAGGAGGAACGAUUUAUUAUUGAUCGCUAUACGGGAAUUGUUCAUUUGGCUACAAGUCUAGAUUUUGAAACGGUUGAAGAGAUUAACGUUGAUGUGAAGGUAACCGAUGGAAACUUCACUGCUGCCACCUCCUUCGUAGUGGUUGUGAUGGAUGUUAACGAUAAUGCUCCUGAAUUUCAGCAACGUUUCGUUGAUAUUAAGAUCCCUCAAUCUACUGGCGCCGAUGAGGUGAUCGCUAGAUUAGUGGCGUUUGAUCGUGAUUCCGGCGACAAUGGACGAGUUUCGUAUACGCUAGCUCAGUCCCAUGAGCUGUUUCAAUUGAAUAGCAAUGAUGGUUCACGACAUAUUCGUUGGAAAACUACAGGAACACUCAUUCUGCUCGCCCCCUUACCAGCCGACGCCGAUUUUCUGUUGACUGUGACUGCAAGCGAUCACGGAUUCCCUGUGAUGUCGUCGUCGAUUCCUGUACGAGUCACUGUUACGAGCGAAGAGGCACAGCAUCGUCCUGAGUUCCCUCACACCUCUUACGAGUUUGUCGUCUCCGAAUCCUUUACUCCUCACAUCGCUUUCGGCAACGUGUCUGUCAGCAGCGACCCAUAUUUUUAUCGUAUCAUGGAUUCAAAGGCUUCUGAAGUGUUUGCUAUCGAUCAUCUGGGUCGCCUCUAUCUGCGGACCGCCGUUGACAGGGAGACAGAGGACCACUACAGUUUUACUGUGGAUGUCGGCUCACAUCCGGUCACUUACCAUCAGAAUUCGACAACUACCGUAGCCAUACGUGUAACUGAUGUCAAUGACAAUUCUCCCGUGUUCGUUCAUCUGAACUGGGCGGUGAAAAUUCGCGACGGGAUGCGAAGCGGCGAAGUACUGCAGAGAUUAGCGGCCACCGACGCGGAUUACAACGAGAACGGUCGCAUCAGCUACCGUAUCCUCACUGGUGACGACUACGGUAUUUUCUCUGUGGGACCUGACACAGGUGCGCUGAUGUUCAACCAAUGGAAUGAUGAUCAGCUAAUACGACACAGCGAUGGUAGAUGGACGUUAUUCGUUGAAGCGCGUGAUCAUGGAUCGCGGACGAGAUCAACUCUUCUCCCAGUUCAAAUUUCUCUUGAUCUACAAACAUGGUCUGGCUCCGCUCCAUUCUUUGUGGUUCCUGGAUAUGUUGUGCCCAUUUUGGAGACAGUAAUCCCGGACACUCCUGUGUUUACCGCUAGAGCUACAAAUCGUUUCGGCAUUCCAAUGAAUUCAAUCCGAUAUGACCUCAAGGAUAGUGAUCAGACGUUCUCUAUUGAUCCUACAAACGGUACAAUCCGUUUAAAACGUGAAUUGGACUACGAGACAAAAACCACCUACAAAAUGUCGCUGUUGGCUUCAGAUGGAAAUAGUAGAUCAGCUGUCGUUUCGCUCGAGUUUGUCGUCCUCCCGGUCGACGAGUUUCCUCCAGUGUUCGCUCAAUCAAGCUAUACUUUCCAGGUACCUCUCGAUGCAAAUCCUGGCGCAGUGAUCGGAGAGAUCCUAGCUGUUGACGCGGACGGUGGAACGCACGGUAUUCCCGAAUACCGUGUUGAAACAUCCAACGACUUGGUUACGGUAGAGAAAUUGACCGGCUUGGUUUCGCUAAGAGCCAAACCUGACAGGCGACGAAAUCAUACGGUGGAACAAAUAACGGUGAUUGCCGCUAGUAGCGGGUCGCAACACACAAAAACUACCGUAUAUUUGGAGAUUGGCGAUUUCCCCAUCCGCUCGGCGAAUUCGACCUUCUCAUCGAAUAUCUUCAAAGUUGGAGCCGUAGCAACUGCAAUAUUGUUUGUGUUGUUGAUUUGUUUAUUAGGAUGCUGUUUGUUUGGCUAUAGAUCCUCGAAGCCAAAGGAAAUUGAAAGUCCUCGGAAACAGGUUUACUCCGUCAGUCGAGGACAAGCGAACGGCUCCAGUAACGGCAUAAGUCGCCUAGCUUGUUCUCCAAGACAAGCAUUGCCUAGCAAUAUCACUCAGAAGAAUUCUUCGAUGACGUCAUCCACAUCGUCAAACUCAGGACUACGGAAUUCGUUGCUGUCUCAUCGUGAAGCAGCUUCGACACGUUCACAACCUGAUUCAGGCAUCGAUCAGGACACUAUUUCUGUGAAUAGUUCGGUUACUGAAUACUUGAUCUCUAUAGGAGUAAAUCCAAAUCCGAUCCAGUCACGUCCACGGUAUCGUCGACCUGACAUGAUCGACUCAGCACUUAAUGACUAUAUCUACGCACGGGUAGAGGAUAUCCUCCCUCCAGGACCAGUUAAUAUGUCAGAAAAUGUCGCACAGCUUGAAGGUCUUUAUCAAUUCACUCAAUCGCGACACGCUCCACCCAGUUUUCAACCGUUGACGGAAAUUUUUGACGAACUUGAAGAGAUCCAACGUGAGCAAAAGCAGAAACGAGAACGAGAAUACAUCCAGGUUGAGAUCUAG